AUGAAGAGCCCGUCCAUUCGGGAAGACACGAUCAAUGACGUCAAGUCGGAGAAAAGCAACAUUUCGCAACUGAGAGUAGAAGAGGUACCGGUGACCGAUUCUUCAUCGACCCUCAGGUUCGACAAAACCAGUAGGAAGCUUAAGAACCGACACAUUCAAUUAAUCGGUAUCGGAGGUACCAUCGGAACGGCUCUUUUUGUGCAGAUUGGGUCUUCGUUAACGAGAGGGGGCCCUGGAAGUUUGUUUCUUGCAUUCUGUAUAUGGUGUACAUUCAUCCUUGCAGUAAAUAACUGUCUCGCUGAGAUGGUCUCAUGGAUACCCAUCUCCUCGCCCUUUGUGCGUUUUUCAGACCGAUUCGUUGAUCCGGCGUUAGGAUUCGCGGCAGGGGUAAAUUUCUUUGUCUUCGAGGCGAUCUUAAUACCUUUCGAGAUUACUGCCUUCGGCGUAGUUUUGAAAUUCUGGACAGAUACGAUACCCAUCGUCGCUGUGGUGUUUUUUGUGCUUGUCUCAUACAGUCUUCUGAAUAUUUUUGCUGUACGAUAUUAUGGAGAAUCCGAGUUUUGGCUUGCCGCAGGAAAGGUUUUACUGGCUGUAGGAUUGAUCAUUUUCACAUUCGUGACGAUGGUCGGCGGGAAUCCUCUGCGCGAUGUCUAUGGCUUUCGUAACUUCGAUUCAUCUGUUGUCGAUGGUGCACCAUUUGCUGAAUACAUAGAGGAAGGGAAUGUGGGCAGGUUUGUGGGCUUCCUGGCCUGCCUCAUCCAGGCAUCUUUCACUAUCGCAGGACCGGAAUAUGUCUCGAUGACCGCAGGCGAGGCAAGCAAUCCCCGAGAAAACCUGCCCCGAGCCUUCAACGCAGUCUUCUACCGCCUCACAGCAUUCUUCGUCCUCGGCUCACUGUGUGUCGGCAUCGUCGUGCCCUACAAUUCGGAAGAGCUCCUCAACGCUAUCAGCGGCGCACACCCAGGCGCCGGAGCCUCUCCAUACGUGAUAGCCAUGGGCCGCUUGGGCAUACCUGUCUUGCCGCACAUUGUCAACGCCCUGAUCUUGACGUCCGUGUUUUCUGCCGGGAAUAGUUAUGUGUUCUGUGCUAGUCGGACAUUGUUUGGGCUUGCGCUGGAGGGAAAGAUGCCAAGGUUCCUAACGAGGUGCACGAAGACCGGUGUGCCGAUUUAUUGUGUUGGGGUGACGCUUGCAAUUGCCUUGCUUGCGUUCUUGCAAGUUUCCACCAAUGCUGCCAUAGUUCUGCAAUGGUUCGUAAACCUUGUAACUGCGUCGCAGUUGCUAAAUUUUGCGAUCAUAUCGUUUACCUACAUUCGCUUCCAUCAAGGAUUGAAAGCGCAAGGGAUAUCUCGCGACACCCUCCCUCACAAAAGCUUCUGGCAGCCGUUUUGCGGGUAUUAUGCGCUAGCAGGUACAUUCACGAUGGCUUUCGUUGGUGGCUACACUGUCUUCCUGCCGGGUAGAUGGAACGUCCCCGAUUUUCUCUUCUCAUACACGAUGAUCGGCGUUGUGCCUGCGCUCUUCAUAUUUUGGAAGAUAAGGCACAAAACAGAGUGGCGAAACCCUGCGACUAUGACCUUCUUCGAGCAUGAACGGAUGAUUGUCGACCAGUACGAAGAAGAGCUAAAGUGUUCAUGA